AUGGAAAACAAAGAUAAUUUAACCUGCCAUGACAUAGUCACUGUCUCGUCCGGGAAUCCCUAUACGUCCGCGGCAAUGUUCUCUGCUGAUGUACUUGGCAAUUUAAUCGCCUUGGUCCUUUUGGAGAUGGGGCGCCGGCGGCAAAGUCCAUCCUUCUUCCAUGUCCUCGUGACCGCGCUGAUGAUUACGGAUCUACUAGGUACCUUCUCCGUCAGUCCUCUUGUACUAGCCUCUUAUACACAAAACAGGACCUUGGUGGAUAUGAGUAAAAACAGAGCAGUAUGCGUCUACUUUGGGUUCAGCAUGACUUUUUUCAGCCUCGCCACUUUGGCAAUUGUGUGCACAAUGGCUUUGGAGCGCUACCUCUCCUUUGGACAGCCGUACUUUUAUGAGCGGCACUUGACAAAGCGCUGCGGAUACAUCAUCAUUCCACUCAUCUAUCUGGUCUGCAUCGUCUUCUGCCUAGCACCUUUUAUGGGCUUUGGAGACUACGUUCAAUAUUGCCCGGGGACUUGGUGCUUCUUUGACAUGAACCCAACCGAGACCAAACACAAAGUAUACGUCGGUGUGUAUGCGUCAUUGGCUCUUAUCAUGAUUUCGACGACAGUAGUUAGUAACCUAUUUGUCGUCUACCACUUGAUUAAAAUGUAUCGGAGGUGCAAUGCGCACGGUGGGAGAGUUACGCGACAGAUACGCUUCUACCAAAAAUCCCUCUCGAUGACUGAGGAAGUGGAGCAUCUUCUGCUACUGGUGUUCAUAACGGUGGCUUUCGUUAUCUGUUCGUUUCCUUUAGUGGUAAGUACGAGCAUUCGUUUCGAUAAAGAUGGAAUAAAUGUUGAAAAUAUUGAGAGUCGAAUGUGCAGUGGUUUUUCUUGUGGUCUUUGACAUUACCACUUCCACUUCCGCUACAUCUAGAAAUAAGCCAAUAGUGACCAGUCUUGAGGACCCGCUCUGAAAGCACCUCAUUGCUGCAGCUUAAUUUAAAAAAAGGCACAUUUGCAAUCAUAUCACAUGAAACAAUGCACGGGAACUCUGUCAGGGUGAAAUAGUCCAUUAUUAUGAACCAGUCCUUGGGUAAUUAAUGACACUUGUUUCUACUAUUAUAAGAAACACUUGGAUUAUAUUAAUAUUGAUAUGAAAUAUAUGUAUAUUGAUCUAUUAUGAAUUAUGAAACCUAGGAGGCUCAUGGUUCUUCUCACCCUCUUCACUAGACCUACAAGGUAAUUAUGACAACUUCCGGAGGAGCUCCUCCAACCUAUCAGAGUUCUUGCAGCAUGAACUGACAUGUUGUCCACCCAAUCAAAGAAUCAGAUAAUUAAUCUAGUACUGAAAUCAUAAACUACAGCUAGCUAGCACUGCAGUGCAUAAAAUGUGGUGAGUAGUUGACUCAAAGAGAAAUACAAUAGUUGAACAGUUUUGAACAAAUUCAUUUUUUCCAAAAUGAAGAAGCGAGAGAGAGUGUCAUUUUUUAAAACUUUAAGUUUCACUUACUUAGCUAGCAAAUGCAGCUAGCUAGUUUAUCCUACUCAAACACCCUGCUCAGAGGGAUGCUAUGUUAGCUAGCUGGCUAUGACUAUCCAACACAACACUGGAACUCUUCCAAGUCAAGGUAAGCGUUUGGUUUUACUCAUUUAUUGCCACCGGGGCCCGCCGGUGUAAGUGCUAAACUGCUGACUGUACACUGUAACGUUACUGCAUGAUUGUAGCGGGUUUACUAACUAAUUAGUUCUAUUAGCUAUGUUCACUAUGAUGUUACUUUAGCUAAUAUGGUGACAACAAUGUAGGCUGUGUGUAGCGGUUAUGAUAUGGUUUGUCUUGGAAAGGUUUUUUCGCCUGGUCACAUACAGCUGAUGGUAUUGUGCAUUGAAGUCCACAAGCGAAGGGAAACUCUUGUUUGCAACUGUUGGACUAAUGAUUACACCCUAUAUCAGCUAGAUGCAGGCAAGAGUGUGCAAGGCGGUAUUGAAUGUGUCACUGUCUUUCUAUGUGUCACUGUCUGUCACCUCAAAUGUUUUCUCUCGACCUGUUUGCACCUAUGUUGUAAACUUUAAUUCAUAGGCUAGGGUAUAGGGAAAAUUUGAGUAUCAUGUAGUAGCCUAAACCUAUCGCUGUCACAUUGAACUGGGUUAAUGGAAUAUGAAUGACAGUCAUCCAAUAUGCUCUAAUAGAAAUAAGGCCAUGCUCAUGAAAACAAAACAUUGUCCCCUCUCAUCUUAAACGGCACCGGCUGCCACUGCUGGGCACAGUGGCCAGGCAAACCCUCCCUCCCUUCCCAUUUCCUUCGCAACUUUGAAGCUUCCCGCUGAUUUUUUAAAAUGAUGCCCAGCUCAUGAGGUGCCUUGGUGAUGUGAGGCCUGAAGCAAUUUACCCUUCUGCCUAAUGGUAAGUCCGCCACUGCCAGGGCCUACUUACUGUAGUCUUCUUGCACCUGUUAUAGCCUAGGUCUACUUACUAGAAGCAAGACUACCUGGCCUGUAAUAGAUAAUAAUGAAACCUUUGAUCUGUCUUAAUUGAUGACCAUUAUAUGGUUUUGUUGUUUUGAAAUUCUGAAUAACCGACUGUGAUGCCUUUUCUCUUUGUGUCCCCCAAAUAGGUCCGUGUAUAUGUCAACUUAAUAGGCAGGUCAAAGGAGAGCCAUGACGCUGAUCUCACUGCUCUUCGCCUGCUGUCCUUCAACUCCAUCAUCGACCCCUGGGUCUUCAUCAUCCUCACCCCAUCAGUGCUGCGCUUCCUCUGGAGGAAGCUGACACUGUGUAAGGCCCAGAGGCCUCCAGAGGCCCCCACAUUCUCCCAGGAAAAGGCUCUCCCA